GUGUAAGACAGUUGGCGUAGUCUGGCAAUAAUGUAAUAUGUCAAAUUUAGAAGCAUACAAUCUAGUGAAAAAGAGGAGCACAAUUUUCACAAUCUGUGAAAAUAUUUGAUUUUGCAACUGAUUUGGUUGUCGGGACGGCAUAUUACACGCGGAUAAGGAACGUUUCAAGUUAGAUCUACGAUCAUGUUACGAGUGUGUAUAAAUAAAUCACACCGGGAAACUGCCCAACGUGUUACGUACCUCUGCACAAAAGUCAUAUGCUCCAAUCAUUCCACCCUAUGCAACAAAGCUGUUCGCCGGCUUCCCUAUGACGAGCAUGGUCGGCCAGUGCAAUUUCAGCAAUGUGCUCCUGCUGACUUUCUUAGUCCUCAGCAGUUUGGUAGAUAUGGUUGGUAUGCUCCGCCAUCGCGUAAAUAUGGCAUGUUAGUUGUACGUAUAUUACGCGGGGCUUUAAAGCUUAGAUAUAUCGUACUUGGUGGUGCUAUCGGCGGAGGAGUGUCACUAAGCAAAAAAUAUGAAGAGUGGAAGGAUGGUUUGCCAGAUAUGAAGUGGUUAGAUGAUGUUUUGCCGCAGGGCGACAAAUGGGGUACCUUUUCAAAAAAGUUAAUGGAAAUUAGCAGUGUUAUGAAGGAUGUGGUUCAAAUAGAUCCUAAACUAAAAGAACUUGGUGAAGAGAAGGUAGCUGAAUGGAAAAUGUGGUUCGAUAAUCGUCUGGACGAUGCAAUUGAGGCCGCGGAUUAUCAAGGCAACAAUGCUAGUAUCACUGAAUCCAAAGAUGAUAUAAAAUCCAAAGCUUCUGUGUCAGCAUUAGGUCUGUCAAAUGACGAUAGCAAAAAAAAAUAUGAAAAUUUGCAAACACAAGUAGAAACAUUGCAAACUGAAAUCAUGAACGUACAAAUUAAAUAUCAAAAAGAACUGGAAAAAAUGGAAAAGGAGAAUCGCGAAUUGAGGCAGCAGUAUUUAAUACUCAAAACAAAUAAAAAAACGACAGCGAAAAAAAUAAAAAAGUCGCUUAUUGAUAUGUAUUCGGAAGUUCUUGAUGAACUCUCAGGCUACGACACGAGUUACUCCAUGGCCGAUCAUUUGCCUCGCGUUGUUGUUGUUGGAGAUCAAAGUAGCGGUAAGACUUCUGUAUUGGAAUCUAUUGCAAAAGCACGAAUUUUCCCCCGAGGCAGUGGGGAAAUGAUGACGCGUGCGCCAGUAAAAGUAACUCUCGCAGAAGGACCAUACCAUGUAGCGCAAUUUCGUGACUCCGACCGAGAAUAUGACUUAAAUAAGGAGUCUGACUUAGCAGAGCUUCGUCGUGAAGUUGAAUUACGAAUGCGAGCUUCUGUUCGUGGCGGAAAAACCGUUAGCAACGAAGUAAUAUCGAUGACCGUAAAGGGUCCAGGCCUACAGAGAAUGGUUUUAGUAGAUUUGCCUGGAAUUAUAUCGACAAUGACUGUUGACAUGGCGGCUGAUACGAAGGAUUCAAUUCAUCAAAUGACGAAACACUACAUGAGCAAUCCUAAUGCAAUCAUUUUAUGCAUACAAGAUGGUUCAGUAGAUGCUGAACGAAGUAAUGUAACAGAUUUGGUAAUGCAAUGUGAUCCAUUGGGACGACGCACCAUAUUUGUAUUAACCAAAGUUGAUUUGGCGGAAGAGCUUGCAGAUCCUGAUAGGAUUCGAAAGAUUCUCUCUGGCAAAUUAUUCCCUAUGAAAGCAUUGGGAUAUUAUGCUGUGGUGACUGGUCGUGGUCGGAAAGAUGACAGCAUUGAAGCAAUUAGGCAAUAUGAAGAAGAUUUCUUCAAGAAUUCCAAACUUUUUCAUCGGCGAGGUGUAAUAAUGCCUCACCAAGUGACUAGUCGAAAUCUUAGCCUGGCUGUAUCUGAUCGAUUUUGGAAGAUGGUCCGAGAGACAAUAGAACAACAAGCUGAUGCAUUUAAAGCUACCAGAUUUAAUUUGGAAACCGAAUGGAAAAAUAAUUUUCCAAGACUUCGUGAAUCGGGAAGAGAUGAGUUGUUUGACAAGGCCAAGGGCGAAAUCUUAGAUGAAGUGGUUACGCUUUCACAAAUAUCAGCCAAAAAAUGGGAAGAGGCCUUGACAGAGAAGCUAUGGGACAAGCUAUCUAAUUACGUUUUUGAAAAUAUUUACCUGCCGGCCGCACAGUCAGGUUCUCAAAAUUCUUUUAAUACGAUGGUUGAUAUAAAGCUCCGGCAAUGGGCCGAGCAGGCUCUGCCAGCUAAAUCUGUGGAAGCAGGUUGGGAAGCGCUUCAAAAUGAAUUCAUUAACUUAAUGGAAAAGGCGAAAAAGUCACCAGAUCAUGAUGACAUAUUUGAUAGUCUCAAAGGUGCUGUCGUGGAUGAAGCAAUCCGUCGACAUUCGUGGGAAGAUAAGGCUAUUGACAUGCUUCGAGUUAUUCAACUUAAUACAUUAGAAGAUAGAUUCGUUCAUGAUAAAACUGAGUGGGACCAAGCCGUAAAAUUCUUGGAUACAUCCGUAAGGGCUAAACUUGCACAUACUGAAGAGACUUUAAAUGAAAUGCUGGGUCCCGGGCAAUUUACUCGCUUAACACACUGGAAAUCAUUGACAGAAGACCAAUCUAAACGACGUUACGUUAAAACGGAACUAGAUAAAGUACUGAAAAACGAUGAUAAACACUUACCCACUUUGUCCUACGACGAGCUAACAACAGUGCGUAAAAACUUGCAGCGUGAUGGCAUCGAGGUCGAUACAGAUUACAUUCGUCAAACAUGGUUCCCCGUCUAUAGAAGACAUUUCCUCAAACAGGCACUGCAUCGUGCAAAUGAUUGCCGGAAAGCGUAUUAUUUGUAUAGUCAACAGGGUGCAGAAUGUGAGAUAAGUUGUAGUGAUGUUGUGCUCUUCUGGCGAAUUCAACAAGUAAUCAAAGUUACUUCGAACGCAUUAAGACAGCAAGUCAUUAACCGCGAAGCACGCCGUUUAGACAAGGAGAUCAAAGAGGUUCUAGAUGAGUUCAGUGAUGAUGAGGAGAAAAAGGCACAGCUGUUGACGGGAAAGCGAGUCACCCUCGCAGAGGAAUUAAUUAAAGUGCGGCAUAUACAGGAAAAAUUAGAGGAAUUCAUCAAUUCCCUUAAUCAGGAAAAGUAACCCUUUGACGCUGUCUUGGAUCUCUAGUCGUUAUUUAGAACUCAUCUCCAUGAUUUUGACCAAACGAUUUCAGUUAAUAUUGUUUUUUUUUAUCUUUGUGAUUAAUGUAUUUAAAAUGUGGCUUUGUUAUUAAAGCGUGAAAAAAGAUCAAUAAAACAAUAAAAUAAGUACGUGCAUGAAAUGAAACUUAACUAAAUAAAAUGUGAUUCGUGAUGCUUGUAC